AUGGUUCUUGAUGGUUGUUUUCUUCUCGUAUUGUUCCUAACUAAUGCAGGAAAAAUCCCAAAGGAAAAUGCAAUUUUUAGUAUGCCUUGGGCUCUUCCAUCUAUUAGGAGAGAUCUUCUUCUUCUAGGAAAUCAAAUUCCACUGGUUGUUCUACAGACUCUACUAGACACAGCAAUUUUUUUGCAGCCAAGUGAUUUACAAGAAAUCGCUCUUAAGUUCUUCAACGGUUGCUUUAAAGUUGGAGAACAAUCUUUGGUAAAGAAACACCCCAAAUUUGAAGCAAAGCAUCUUCUUGAUCUGAUCCGUCAGACUUUGAUUCUCAUUCAACCUCACGCUGAAGGAGACAAAAAUGCUGCCAUUCUCAUUCAACCUCCUCAAACUACUAGUGUUACAACUCCAGCUGAAGGAGACAACAAUGCUGCCAUUCUCAGUCAACCUCCUCAAACUACUAGUGGUACAAUUCCAGCUGAAGGAGACAACAAUGCUGCCAUUCUCAAUCAACCUCCUCAAACUACUAGUGUUACAAUUCCAGCUGAAGGAGACAACAAUGCUUCCAUUGCACGUCAGACUAGGUUAACAUUGCCAGUGAACAAGCUUCGUAGCCGUGGCGUUAAAUUUGAGGUCAAGAAGGGUGCACGGACAUUAUUGGAUAUAAGUUUCAAAAAUGGCGUACUUCAAAUUCCAGAAAUAAUCCUGGAUGAUUUUAUUAGCGUUUUUUUGUUAAAUUGCAUUGCAUUUGAGCAGUUCCAUGCAAAUUCAACAACCGAGAUAACAAGCUACGCUAUGUUCAUGGGCUGCCUUAUUAACAGUGAGAGAGAUGCAGCAUAUCUUGCUGAGAAAGGGAUCAUACAGAAUUAUCUCGGAACAGAUCAAGAUGAUGUGUCUCGAUUUUUCAAGAGAAUCUUAAAUGAUUAUGUGUUUGAUGACGAAAAUAGCUACUUGGCAGAUGUAAUCAAGGAUGUAGACGAGUAUUCUUCGAAUGGUUGUAAUGUGAGGUGGGCAAGUUUCAAGCAAACUUACGUGGGUUCUCUAUGGAUUGCUUUAUCAAAGUUAGCCGCUUUAGCUAUUCUUUUGCUUACGAUAGCUCAAGUGGUCUUGGCAGCUAUUGCUUUAAAAAGCGGCAACAAACAAGGUUGA